UCCGUGGACUCAGCGACCCGCGCGGGCUAACCCGCUCUCCUGCCGCCGCGGCGGCGGGCGCGGGGCCGCGCGGAGAGGCCGGAUCCCUGCAGCGCGGGCAGGCGGCGUCGCAGAGCCCAGCCAGCCAGACGCGCCAGGACUCCAGACUCCUGCAGUCCCUGGUGACUCAGGUGGCGGGUGCACGACCUCACAGGUCAUUGUUGACUACGGACUUUGCAUCCUGCUGGGCGUCUGGCUUGCGUCUUCCUCCCCAUCCUCCAGUCCGGGAGCCGGGAGUCUGCCGUCGCUGGAACCUGACUCUGCCUGUUGCGCAAGCUGCAGAUUGCCCAAACCGAGUGUGGGUCUCUUCGGACGCCUGUGAAAGGGCGCUAGGAUCGGCUUUUGGGGCAGCCCUUGGGGUAAAGCAGCUUUCAAUGAAUUAAAGCAGCUGGCGAUUCUACUCAGGACACAGGGACACCCUGGUGGAGGAGCCUACCUCUGGCACGUCUGUGGACUUGACUUCACAGCAUCCGCUUUGGUGUGUACAUCCGGAGGACCACACGCUUCUCUUCUUGGAGCCGCUCAAUGCCUGUGCGCACCCCAGACCCCAGCAAGGGAAGAAGGGAGAAGGUUCUCGGAUGACAAUGGACGUUCCACUGUGCAGGAUGAGGGCAGAGUGUGUGACAUCACCACCACGAGGGUGCAAUGUGAUCUUGGGCAUCUCCCUUCCUGGCCAGCACUCUGCCUCCUCUAUCCAUCAUGGUGUUUGGUGAGUUUUUCCAUCGCCCUGGACAAGACGAGGAACUUGUCAACCUGAACGUGGGGGGCUUUAAGCAGUCUGUGGACCAGAGUACCCUCCUGCGGUUCCCUCACACGAGGCUGGGGAAGCUGCUGACCUGCCAUUCUGAGGAGGCCAUCCUGGAGCUGUGUGAUGACUACAGCGUGGCCGACAAAGAGUACUAUUUUGAUCGGAACCCCUCCCUGUUCAGAUACGUCUUGAACUUUUACUACACGGGGAAGCUGCACGUCAUGGAGGAGCUGUGCGUGUUCUCCUUCUGCCAGGAGAUCGAGUACUGGGGUAUCAACGAGCUCUUCAUUGACUUCUGCUGCAGCAGCCGGUACCAGGAGCGGAAGGAAGAAAGCCAUGACAAGGACUGGGACCAGAAAAGCAACGAUGUGAGCACGGACUCCUCCUUCGAAGAAUCCUCUCUCUUUGAGAAAGAGCUGGAGAAGUUUGACGAGCUGAGGUUUGGCCAGCUCCGAAAGAAAAUCUGGAUUCGAAUGGAAAACCCAGCUUAUUGCCUGUCCGCCAAGCUAAUCGCCAUCUCCUCCUUAAGUGUGGUGCUGGCGUCUAUCGUGGCCAUGUGCGUGCACAGCAUGUCCGAAUUCCAGAAUGAGGACGGAGAAGUGGAUGACCCUGUGCUGGAGGGAGUGGAGAUUGCAUGCAUUGCCUGGUUCACUGGUGAGCUGGCCAUCCGGCUGGUCGCUGCCCCUUCUCAAAAGAAGUUCUGGAAAAACCCUCUGAACAUCAUCGACUUCGUGUCCAUUAUUCCCUUCUAUGCUACGUUGGCUGUGGACACCAAGGAAGAAGAGAGUGAGGACAUUGAGAACAUGGGCAAGGUGGUCCAAAUCCUCCGACUCAUGAGGAUUUUUCGAAUUCUGAAGCUUGCCCGGCAUUCGGUAGGGCUUCGGUCUCUUGGGGCCACGCUGAGGCACAGUUACCAUGAGGUGGGGCUACUGCUUCUCUUCCUUUCGGUGGGUAUCUCCAUCUUCUCCGUGCUCAUCUACUCUGUGGAGAAGGAUGAACUCGCAUCCAGUCUCACCAGCAUCCCUAUCUGCUGGUGGUGGGCUACUAUCAGUAUGACCACGGUGGGCUAUGGAGACACCCAUCCGAUCACCUUAGCCGGGAAGAUCAUUGCAAGCACGUGUAUUAUCUGCGGCAUCUUGGUGGUGGCCCUUCCCAUCACCAUCAUCUUCAACAAGUUUUCCAAGUACUACCAGAAGCAGAAGGACAUGGAUGUGGACCAGUGCAGUGAGGACCCACCGGGAAAGUGCCCCGAGCUACCUUACUUUAACAUCAGGGACGUUUAUGCACAGCAAGUCCAUGCCUUCAUUACCAGUCUGUCUUCCAUUGGCAUCGUGGUCAGCGAGCCUGACUCCACAGACGCUUCUAGCAUCGAAGACAAUGAGGAUGUUUACAAUACCGCAUCCCUGGAGAACUCUACCGCAAAGUGAGCAGGGGCAUUUGCACCGAUAUCUUGUGUCCCUUCCUGACAUUAGGUUAACACAGCUUUAUAAACCUUAAUGGGUUUGUUCAAAUAAAUCAUUUAAUUCUCAGGGUGUACCUUUUAGCCAUAGUUGGACAUUCAUUGCUGAAUUCUGAACUGAUAGAAAUUAUCUUUAUUUUUCUCAAGUGAGGUCAAUUAAAUGCCUUGUUCUGAAAUUUAUUUUUUACAAGAGAGAGUUGUAAUAUGUUUUUUUUGGGGAAAAGAGUAAAUGAUAUUGGGAAGGAUUUAUUGCUUCGGCUUAUGCAUCAUUCUGUACUUACCAUUCACUCACAUUGAGCUAACUCUAAAUUACUGACGAUAGAGCAGAGGCCCAGCUGACUGAAGACGACAUGCAUGUAAGAUCUACAACAUGAGACAAUGCAUGUAAAUCCAUGUUCAUGUUCCAGACAUGGGAAUUGGGAGCUCAAUAAACUUCUAAUUCAGUAUGGAGAAUGCUGUGUUUGUAUGUUUUUAUGUCAAGUAAAUAUAUUCUAUUAUCCCAUAAAUAUCGGAAUAA